CGAAUCUCUUUGUAAAAGUGAAUAUCAAAAGCUUACCUCACUCCCCUGAAACACCAUUUUCAAUUCCCUGUCAUCAAAGGAAGUGCAGAGAGCCCCUUUUUUGAGCUUUUUAAAUAGCUAAAAUCCCCACCACCGAAGUGGAAACCCUAAAAAUCACUCUGCUUUUCCCUUUUGGAUUCAUUCUCCUUUUGUUUCUUAUCCAUGGAAGCUCUGAAUUUUCUGAGGUUUUGGAAAAAUGGUUAUGGUGUUCACAGAGUGAACCAAACCCAUCCUUGUAAUGGAAACGGCGGCGCCACCACCACCACCACCACCACCACCGAGGUUUCCGAUCAUGAGUUUGAUGAAGGAGAUGACGGUUUCAUCGACUUGCAGUUCCCUUUGCAUGGGGUUAAAUUUCGAGUAUUUACUCCCAAGAAACCGAAACCAGAGGCCACGAAGCACGAGAAGCAUUUCACCAGAGAAAACAGCUCGCGGAAAACUAAUGGCAAAACCGAUGAUUCCUCGAAGAGAUCAUCCAAAGAUCUGGUGCACAAAUGCUUGAACGUAAUCAAGCCAUUGUCCACAAGAAUCAGCAUAAAGAAUAGUCAAAGAGAAAAGGUGGGAAUCUCUGGUGACUCACCAUUGUUUUCUCCUGCGACGGCGUAUUCCACGAAGGAGAAGCAGGGGAAUACCAGAGGGACUUACAAACAUCUGGAAAAGAGCAAAUCGUCGUCAGCUGCGGCGUCGCCAAUUAACCGGAGAGAUGAUUCAUUGCUGCUACAACACGAUGGUAUCCAAAGCGCCAUUUUGCAUUGCAAGAGAUCUUUCAAUUCAUCAAGAGAAUCUUCUUGGUUGUCGAGAUGCCCAAGUGAUCCUUCUUCACAAGAUAAACUAAGCAAUGCAUCUUCAACAGGAGUUGCAAGCAAUUGUGCAAGAACAUCCAGCGAUGAAGGAAAUGUACUCAGCACCUGA